GCCUGAUAUACCGCCUGCACUCCACGCUCUGCUCCACCAUCCCGUCUCCCUGCUCCGUCAACUCGCAAACGCAAGCCGUCUCGCCGCCGCCGCCGCCUGCACCGAGUCUCUGCUGCUGCCGCUGUGAAGCGCGCCUCCUGCGCCCAUGCCGCAGCCUUACACCGCCGUGCCCGGCGGCGCUGACGCCUCGCCGCCGCUCGGGGCGCCGCACACGCCGCCGCUGGGCCAUGCGCCGCCCGAGUUUGACUCGCCCGGCGACGACGGCGACCUGGGCCUGCCCGUGGCGCACUCGCAGCAGUCGCGCCUCUCCGCCUUCUCCUCGGCGUCGGCCUACGCGCCCCUCGAGGGCGGCCAGGCGGCCAUGCCGGGCCGCCUGCCGCGCCCCCACUCCUUUGCCUCGUCGCACAUGCUCGGCGCCGGCAGCGACUACGACUCGACGUACCGCCUCGCCGACUUUGGCCGCUCCACGCCCGGCCUCAGCACGCCGGGCGAGGAGCACGCCAUGUACGAAAAGGGCGGCGCGGGCGCCUAUGCGCCCGUGGCAGCGCCGCUGGCGAGCGACCCGCGCGCAGCAGGGCGCAGGCGCUACGGCGUCGCGGGGCAGAAGGGCAGCGCGCGCCGGCGCUGGUGCAUCCUGCUGGCCGUCGUGCUGGGCCUCGGCAUCAUCCUCGUCGCCGUGCUUGUGCCGCUCACGCAGACGCUGCUGAAGGACGACGCGCCCGGCUCGUCCGGCGGCUCGCACGGCGGUGGCAGCAAUACCGGCGACCAGGGCACGACGGUGGCCGACGGCACCGGGCACGGCGCCGGCGGCCGCGUGCUGACCGAGGGCGGCAACGGCACCGUCAUCGAGCUGGCCAACGGGCAGAGCUUCACCUACAUCAACAACUUCGGCGGCUACUGGCGCAGCGGCCUGCUGGACAACUCGGCACGCGCCCAGUCCUACACGCCCGCGCUCAACGAGUCGUGGGACUAUGCAGCCGAUCAGCAAAUGGGAGUGAAUCUGGGCGGCUGGCUGGUUCUCGAGCCGUUCAUCGCGCCAGCGCUGUUCGAGCCAUACGAGAACACGAGCACGCCAGUCGUCGACGAGUGGACGCUCUCGGCGCAGUGGCGGAGCGAGGGCAAGCUCGAGGAGAACUUCCGGAGACACUACGACACGUUCAUCACAGAAGAGGACUUUGCACGCAUCGCAGGCGCCGGCCUCAAUUGGGUGCGCCUGCCGAUUGGCUUCUGGGCCUUCGGUGUCGAGGGCGACGAGCCAUUCCUCGAGGGCGUGGCGUGGGAGUACUUCCUCAAGGCCGUCGGCUGGGCGCGCAAGUACGGGCUGCGCAUCAACGCCGACCUGCACGCCGUGCCGGGAAGCCAGAACAGCUACAACCACUCGGGACGGCAGGGGCAGCUCGGCUGGCUCAACUCGCCGCUGGGCAUUGUGUAUGCACAGCGCACAAUCAACUACCUGCGCACUUUUGUGCAGGCCAUCUCAACGCCGGAAAUCUCGCCCGUCGUGCCGAUGCUCUCGAUUCUCAACGAGCCGAACCUCAACAUCGGCAUCGGGCAGCCGGCGCUGGCCGCCUGGAACCAGGAGGUCUACUCGAUGAUCCGCGGCAACGUCACCGGCACCGGCGCCGGCCACGGGCCCGUCAUUACGCUGCACGACGGCUUCAUCGGCCUGCAGGCCUGGAACGGCUACAUGCGUGGCGCCGACCGCGUUGCCUACGACGUGCACCCGUACAUUGCCUUUACGCCGCCGUACACCACAGACGUCGGCAGCGGCGCCCUCGCAAUCGCCACGUGCAACAACUUCCAGGCCAACAUCGAUGCAAGCCAGGCGCAGAACGGCAUCACCGUCGCGGGCGAGUGGUCCCUGGCCCUCAAUGACUGCGGUCUCUUCUUGAACCGGGUCGGCGCUGGUGUUCGUUACGACGGUUCGUAUCACGUACAAGGGGAGGAUAGUCCGGCGAGGACGGGCGAUUGCGCAUACUGGGACGACUGGGAGAGCUUCUCCGCGUCGCAGAAGGCCAGCAUGCGCCAGACGGCCAUCGCGUCGAUGGACGCACUGCACAACUUCUACUUCUGGACGUGGAAGAUCGGCAGCUCGCUGCGCACGGGCAAGCCGGUGAACCCCAACUGGAGCUACUCGCUCGGCCUCGACAACGGCUGGAUGCCGACGGACCCGCGCGGCGAGUCGCGCAACGCCUGCCGCAAAUUGCAGUCCGUCUUUCCCGCCAUCACGCGCACCGGCUUCCAGGCGUGGUCGUCGACGUACGCCGACUACAUGACGGGCGCCGCCAGCACCUACGCGCCCGCCACGGCGUCGUACCCGUGGCCGCCGCAGAACAUCGUGCAGAGCGGCACAGCCACGCUGCCUGUGUCGGGCCUGCCGCGCCUCACGCCGACGGGCUCGAUUGCCACGGCGCCGACGCCGUCGUUCUCGGCGUCGGUGCAGCACGAGGCCGUGCCGAGCGUCGCCGCCUGGGCCAACACGGCGGACCGCGUGCCCAUGUACACGCAGAUCGCCGGCUGCGACUACGGCUCGUCGGGCCAGUGGCCGUGCGCCGGCAGUGCGCCGUCGCGGCGCAGCCCGUCGCCGGCGCCGGCCCCGACGGCCGCGGCGGCACGAGCACACGCCCGCGACCUCGCCGCAUGAGCACGGCGUCUUCCCUGGUUCCUCUCCGUCACCCUUGCGCGCCUCCGCCUCUGCUCCUGAUCCACACCAUCUCACUCACGUCUACCCAGCACUCCUCACUCAUUGCACUCUUCCCGCCGCGGCCCCUGUACUCUCUUACGCUCGCUCUGCCGCCUUGCCUUGCUCGAGGCGUGCCUACACAUGCAACGACAGCUUGCACCGCCUCCGGAG